UAUACGAAAUACGAAUGAAAAACAGCCUAAAAAAUACCUACUUAUUCGGCAACGGUUUGGUGAGCGGUUUUACCUAAUCAAGCAGUAGCCGGUUUGCAAAUACAAUGGAAAAUAUUUACGCUGUCAAUUAUGUCCUAGAUGCCGCCGGUGCUAAAAUACCUUCAGAAUGGUUGAGUCCUUUAUUCAAACAGUGUCUCCUGACGUCUGGCGUGUCCCUCAAUUUCCUCGCACAUGGCCUGGUUAUAGGGUACACUUCAGUACUCCUGCCUCAGCUGAGGGAAACGACUGACAUUAAUGAAGCUAUGGCCACAUGGAUCGCGUCUAUAUUCGGAAUUUCCCUUAUAAUUGGCGCAUUAUUAGUUACAAUCUUUGUGAACACGUACGGCCGAAAACCUGCAAACAUCAUCAGUGCUGCGCUCAUGACUGCAGGAUGGCUCAUCAUCGGAGUAUCGGAGAAUGCUUACAGUCUCUUAGUAGGAAGAUUCCUCCAAGGACUCUCCAUGGGCCUGUUGUCUAUUGUGGGUAACAUCCUCAUUGGCGAAUGUUGUAGUCCCAAAAAUCGAGGAGCUCUAUUGACAACGAUAUCUCUAGCUAUAAUACUUGGUGUUCUUUUAGUACACUGGCUAGGCACCAUUGUCUCGUGGCAGAGAGUUGCCCUGAUAUCAGGUUUUGUAGCGUUUGUAGACUUAAUAAUAAUCAUUUUAUCACCAGAAUCGCCAAGUUUUUAUGCGAUGAGGGGAAGGUACGAUGAUUGUCGGAAAGCAUUCCAUUGGCUACGAGGUCAUUCAGAAGAGGAGGAAUUGGAGAAGCUUAUAAAAAUAAACAUGGCAAGGAGAUCAAACGAGACUACCAAUACUAAUGACGGGAUUAUAUUUAAAGUUAAGAAGAAAAUAGCUUACUUGAAAAACACUAUGAGCAAACGGGAAGUUUAUAAACCAGUUAUUAUUAUGAUGCAUAUGAAUAGUAUAACCCAAUGGGCUGGUGCCGUCACAUUUUCUGCAUAUUCAAAAGAUAUUCUCGACGUUAUACUAGGUAAAGAUAUAAAUUUCCCGGCUAUAAUUGUAUCAUUAGAUAUUCAGAUGGUGAUAUCAAGUGCGCUAGCGAUUUUAGUUAUUAAGAAGUUGCGUAGAAAGUUGGUCCUUUCAGUGACAAUAUCAGCAAAUGUGAUAUCUUACCUUAGUAUCGCUCUAUAUGUUUACCUGAAGACACAUGGCUUGUUGAGUUUCGACCAUCUUUUCAUAGGAUUGGUUUUGGUGCAUAUUCAUAUGUUUACGGUAGUGGCGGGUGCCUUGCCUCUUCCCAACAUCAUAGCUGGAGAAAUCUUCCCUUUGGAACACAGAGGUUUCUGCGGAUUGAUUGGAAUUUUAUUCUUCUCAAUCAAUGAGACUAUCAACAUUAAGUCAGCGAGAUAUUUGUUCGCUAGUAUAGGAGUGCAUGGGGCUUAUAUGAUGUAUGCAGCGUUGGAGGCGUAUUUUCUGACGGUAACGUGGUUCUUAUUGCCAGAAACAAAAGACAGAAUUGUGAUUGACAUAGAGGAAGAGUUUCGAGGUGAACCGCUGGUUACCGAACUCAAGUUAAUGGAAAACAAAUGCGAAGAAGAAAUUUAGGUUAUUUUUUAACUUAGAAUUUGAUGAUAACAUUCGUCAUUGGGUGUAAUGAUCCCAUAAGAAUGCGCAUUUAAAAUUAACGUGAAAAUGUUUUUUGCUAAGUUUUGCGUAACU